GUGUUGAAGUAAUCUAACAAUCUUUUUUGUGUAUUCUGAAAUCUAAAUAAUGUGUGAGUUUGACAUAAAAGACUCUAAAAGUGUGUCUUCAUCACAUGAAAAUCCCUCAAAUGGGAAACAUUCUAACAUGAAACAGGAGGGAUUACAAUCUAAACAAAACUUUUUCAAGGAGUUUAAGGAUGGCUUUGAAGAAACCUUUUUUUCGAGUAAUCGAAUUAAUUCUUUAAAGGGUGAUCAGUCACAUUUUAAGAAGUUUAUUUUAGUCUUACAAGCUGUUUUCCCUAUCCUUGGAUGGGCAAAAUCAUACAACUUUUCGAAAUUUCGAGGGGACCUUCUUUCAGGAAUCACUAUUGCUAGCAUGCAAGUUCCUCAGGACAUUGCAUACGCAAAGCUCGCGAAUUUGGCUCCUCAGUAUGGUUUAUACAGCAGCUUUGUUCCUCCUCUGAUAUACGCUGUGAUGGGAAGCUCAAGGGAGCUGGCUAUCGGACCUGUGGCAAUGGUGUCUCUGAUUAUGGGGACUAUGCUGCAGAAGGAGUUUGAUCCUGUCAAAGAAGCUGAUGACUAUCGACGUCUUGCAUUCACAGCUACAUUCUUUGCAGGCAUCAUUCAAUCUGCUCUAGGACUCUUAAGGUUGGGCUUCUUAGUGGAUUAUCUAUCUCAUGCUGCAACAGUUGGUUUCAUGGCUGGAGCAGCCAUAGUUAUAGCCCUUCAACAGCUUAAAGGCUUACUAGGAAUAAAGAAAUUUACUAAAAAGACAGAUAUUGUCUCUGUUAUGCACUCAGUUUGGAGUGUAGUUGAACAUGGAUGGGAUUGGCGAACAAUCGUUCUAGGAGUAUCAUUUGUGGCAUUCCUUCUUGCUGCCAAAUACAUUGGAAAGAGGAACAAAAAAUUGUUUUGGGUUUCAGCAGUUGCUCCGCUAGUCUCUCUGAUCCUCUCCACAUUCAUUGUUUACAUCAGCCGUGCUGACAAACAUGGUGUUAAAAUUGUAGGACAUAUACCUAAGGGUGUUAACCCAUCAUCAGUUGACGAUAUAUAUUUUUCUGGAACCAAUCUUGCUAAAGGCUUCAAAAUUGGUGCUAUUGUUGGUGUAAUCGCGCUAGCUGAAGCACUAGCUAUCGGGAGAACAUUUGCAGAUAUAAGAGGCUAUGAGCUGGAUGGAAACCAAGAAAUGGUAGCACUCGGAGCCACAAAUGUAGUCGGCUCCUUGACAUCUAGCUAUGUUGUCACAGGAGGGUUUGCCCGCUCUGCAGUAAAUUAUAUGGCUGGUUGUAAGACAGCAGCCUCCAACAUUGUGAUGUGCUUCAUAGUACUAUUGACUCUCAUGGUGAUAACGCCUUUGUUCAAGUAUAUCCCAAAUGCCAUACUUUCUUCUAUCAUCAUAUCUGCUGUGCUUGGUCUGAUUGACAUCAAAGAGAUCAUACGAAUAUGCAAAAUUGACAAGUUUGACUUUGUUGCUUGUAUGGGUGCCUUCUUCGGCGUAAUUUUUCACUCAGUGGAGAUCGGCCUGCUGAUAGCAGUCUGCCUAUCAAUCUUCAAGAUCAUGUUCAGGAUGACGCGUCCACAAACUACAGAACUCCGAAAGCUUCCUGGCUCUUCUGAGUAUAAGAAUAUUCAUCAGUAUUCUGAGGCAAGAAUGGUUCCAGGUGUUCUAAUUAUCAAAGUUGACUCAGCAAUCUACUUCGCCAACUCUAACUAUAUCAGAGACAGGAUAAUGAAAUGGCUGAAUGAGGAGGAGGAACAGCUUGCAGACAAGAACCUCCCCGAAAUCAAACAUCUUAUAAUUGAUAUGUCAUCUGUUGCAGAUAUUGAUACCAGUGGUACACAUGCCCUUGAAAAGUUAUACAAGACCCUUGAAAAGAAAAUUGUGAAGCUUGUAAUAGGAAGUCCAGUGCAAUUCGUAGUUGACAAACUCCAUUCAUCUGGGUUAGUCAAGUUAAUUGGAGAGGAUUAUAUCUUCACAUCAGUCGCAGAUGCUGUACUUACAUGCUCAUCUGCAACACAAGAACCAUGA